AUGUCGGUCCUAGACGCAUUCAAGCUCAAGCCGUAUGACCUCGAACCUGUGUACGCGGCUUGGGAGAACCCGCCUAUGUUCUAUGGCGAUGGGAGGAACGAGUCGGUCGACGAUUGGCUGAAGAAAGUCAAAAAUGGGUGCCAGGAGAGGAACGUUCCGAAGGAAUGCUGGCACAGGGUUGCGCAGAAAUACAUGGGCGAGAAAGCGAAGACAAGGUUGGACGAACUCAAGGUCGUCAUGCGCAAAGUGCAUGGAGGAAAUUAUCGCUGGAAUUGGGAGAAGUUCAAGAUCGCUAUGAGGAAUCUGGAAUGGCAUAUCGAUGCUACAGCGACGACGACGGUAAAAGUACAGGCAAAGUCGUCAGGGCAUUGGUGGACAAUACGGAAGAAGGACGAGCCAGAAACUCCGAUAACUGAGGAACCAGUGAACGAUCUCCAGAUAUCGAAGAAGGAGAAGGAAGGGAAGAAAGAGCGACCUCCAGUGCUAGCCAGUGCGAAAUCGGGGUCGGGCGAUUUCUUCAGGCCAUUACGGCGAGCGUCGACGACGGACGCGUUAAAACUACAGGUAGAGAAGACUAAACUGGACACUUCGCUGGUCUGCCCUUCGCCAACACGCUCGUCGACGACGGAUCAAAGUAAGUUUCCAUCGUUUCUUAUGCACGGAUUGCUGAUGUAUCGCUUAGCGGUAACGACGGUGGCCAGCGCCCCGGUCUGGUUGCUCAAUGCGUGCAAUGCGCUAGAUUUCUUGACUAGUGAACAUCCCAAGGUGAUGAGCACGAUAAGCGCUAUACUUAUAACGGCUGGGAGUUUACCGGCUAUUCCCGCUGUCGCUGCGGGUGCUGGUGGCGCCGUGUUGGCUUCUGGAGCUGCGCAGGCUGUUGGUGCUAUUGCCGUCGGACUUGGAAGCUGGCUGAGAGCUCAGCAGGAUGGGAAUUCGAGUCAUAGCCCGAGUACUACGAGUUCGGUGAAGGAAGUGUCAUGA